ACAAGCUCACAGUUUUCAUUUCAUAAAUCAGAAUUCAACGCACUACCUCAUCUACUAGCCUUUUAUUAUCAGUUUCUGGAAAGUUUCGGGUUUUACCAGCCAAAAGACCUUCAUCGUAGGCAAGCGAUAUCGCAGAUUUCCACUAUCAACUAUUCGUUGUACUUCAAGCUGAGCGGCAAAGGAACUGGUGGUUUCCCCAGCAUUACAAGGAUGAACCAGGACGGCCUUUAUCAACCUAUCGACUAUGAUGGGGAUUCAUCGAGCGACAUCAGUGGCAGCAUCUCCGUCCUGUUAUCGGAUCCGGACAUCACCACACCACCACGAUGCAGCCCCACUGGGAGUGGAAUACCAUCGCUGAAGGAUGAAGAUGAUGAUCAGUUAAGAAGCCCGGUUCAGAUGUCACCGAUAGAAAACUCCUGCGCCGAAGUUUUCAGCGAGGGAAUCACACUGACUGUAGAGCGGUUGGCGAGGCUGAGCGUCGAGGACGACGUCACACCUGGAACGGUCUCGGAUCACUGGUCGGUAACAUCCUGGGUGCGCUCCCAAAUCAAGCCACACUUCACUUCACCGACAGCCCUCGGAAGACAGCCAGGGACAGCCACAUCAGAGGCCGAAGACACGGAAUGGGGACUGGAGGAUUUUCGGGAAUUUUCCGGUGCAGAGGAGGCUCUGAGUGAGGACCUCUGGGUCGUAGCUCCUCCAGCAUGGCAAGUCGACACGCCUGACCGCCGCCUACCCCCGACCCUAGUCCAGUUUGUUCUCCAGCAUGAACGUACCAGAGUCCGCUUCUUAAGACGCGAAUGGGGUCACCGGUUCCGAAUCACCAUCUCGGGGCAGCGAGCCGUCACUAUUUCCAAGUGCUACCAAAAAGAAUAGGGGUGGGAGAAAGCAAAAAACAAGCGCCCAACACAUUUAUCGUCUACAUCAUCUCAGUAGCCCAGGUGGCCAAAAAAAAUAUAUAAUAUAGGA